AUGCUGCAACAGUUGCAGACCGAGCUGACAUCCUCACAGGUAAAUUCAGCAUUUAAUUUAUUUAAAAAAUGCCACCAUUUUAAUAAAGUAGUAUUGCUGCAUUAAACAUGAUGCAAGCUGAACCUGAAAGCUUUCAUCUUCACUUGUUAAGAAAAUGAAAUACUUACUUUGAAGAUCUGCUUACAAAGUAUUUAGUUAAAGGUAGAUAGCGAUAUGAGGUAGAAAGUAAACAGCAUAGUGGGUCAAUUUUUCCGCAACUAGGAGUGUUGAAGCGCAAGGCUCAACUUCUCUGCCGUUUUGGUCUCGUGGCUACCACGCUAUAACAGCGUGAAGUUAACCCGUGCACAUGCACAGAUACUAUACUGUGUGUGACGAUGUGAGAGCAUCGAAAAGUCUUGCUGCUCAUGGCAACGUCAUUUCGCUGAGACUACCUUUAACACAUGUUUAGAAGCUGUUUAUAAGGAGACCUAGUUACCAAUGUAAAAAAAAACAGCUGCAAAUACAAACUAAUCAACAUGAUGGGCUAUCUGUAUCAUUUGUAAAUUAAACUUCAUAUAACGUUACUAAACUCCUGGCCAUUACUCCUGCAGUACCAGUGUCCAGGUAUGGCAUCUCUCCUGGACCAGGCUGGCCUGAUAAAGACAGCUGCUAUAGAGAAGGUGGUGGCCCCCAUCGCAGCCCACCUGGUCCACUUGGUCCUGCUGUGUGAGAGAGCAGAGGGGCUGGAGGGACCAGAGCAGUUCACCCAGCUAGAGGGAGAAGCACAGGCUGUGGCCAGAGCCACCAAGAACAUGGCCGCUGUUGCCUGCAGGUGAUGGGAUCCUGCAUUCCAAUUCUCUCUAUCCUUUCUCUCAAACUGUGUACUUGUUCCCUUGCAUGCACGUAUUUAAAAACAAAGGACAGGUAGUCUAUAAGAAAUAUGGUUGAAGCUCCUUAUAAAAUAUAAUAUACAGUAAUAGUAUUCUUUGCUAGAUUUAUAAUUGUAGGUUUUACUAUGUUCCCCAAAUUUACAAGAUAGGUCUAUUCUCUUGCAUCUACCUGGACCUGCUUCCUCUGGUCCAGCAUGACACACAUUUGUUGACUCCAUCUGUUAUUGCAAAACAGGAAGAAUGUCUUAUAAUCAUCUGAGCGGGAAUCGGUUUAUUGAAGCCAGACUUUAUUUUCUAAACUUAACAACAUGCAAAGUUUGUCAUGAACAUCACAUAGUGAAAAAAUGUAAUACCAUACAGAACUGCGAGUGCCCUGAGUAAUAACAACAAGCCUGGAAUCCAAACUGAUAUGCUCAAUUUUACCAGAUCCUUUCAUUGCAAAUAUAAAUAGAUGGCUCUGCAUUUAACUAUUGUUUCACUGAGCAUAUCCGUUUGGUUUCCAGCCUAAAUAACAACAUCAUUAAAUGAAAACCAGGCUGUUUUAGUUUUUUCACUCUCUUCCAAGACGAUCAGAAGCCACAGAUGAUGAGGUAAUGAGGACAGAGAUGUCAUCCCUAGUGGAGCCGAUGACUGUGUCUGGACAGCAUGUCCUGCUGGCAGCCCAGAAACUCAGUAUCCAGCCCAGCCUCGCUGAGCACAGAGAGGAGCUCAUCACUGCAACACAGAAUGUACUGCUAGGAGUGGUCAAAGUACAGUAACAUUAGCCUAUGUGGUGACACUUUACUUAAAGUCUGCAGCUAUACUGCGUUAUGGUGAAGUUAGAAGACUUGUCAUGAGCAUGACAUUAUAAUGUCUUAUAAUCAUUACCUGUUCUUCGUAUAUACAAACUUAUGAAUAUUAAACAGCGUACAGUAUGUUUCCAGGUUGGUUCACAUAGUCGUAGAACAACAUAUGUACUAGGAAAAUAACAACUAUCUGCAGAAUAUGUGAAGAGUGUUCAAGAAAACCCUUUAUAACCCUAUAAAGCAUGUUGUAUAACAUCAUCAUAUUCAUUAGAAAAUUGAAUAUUAUUCAAGUAAACCCUCCAAAAAUCAUCACUAUCUAUUAUUUAUAUUCCUAUGUCAUCUAGAUACUUUUAGUGGAGGACAAUGCAACAGUGAGAAAGAUCGUAGCGGCUGCAGACUGGGUGUUGGACUGCCUAUCCUCUUUGGGUUCCUCCCUGGACAUCCCGUCUCUACUGAAGGCCUUCCAUCGGUUCACUGAGGCCCUGGUUCUCCUGAACAACCUGGUAGUGGAGAGGGCUGAAGCCCUGCAGGUAAGGGGAGGGAAUGUGCUCAACUCAUAGCCUGGUCAAGCAGACUGAUUGUUUAACUUAAAUUGUCAAUUGAAACAGAGUGUGAGCUAUCGUGAGAUCAGGCUGGUUCCGCCAGGCUACUCAACUCUAUCCUCUUGCGUAAAAAUAUUGAAAGGGUGUUUGCAGUCAACAGUCUGUAACAAUGAAAAAAGAGGACCAGCUGAGCACUCACUCGAUGUACCUGUAGUUGCAAUUAAAGUCUUUGUUUAUCUUCUGUUUUCCUACAGGAUCCUAGGCAGACGGAGCACUUGCACAACUCUUUGUACACCUUGAGGAAAUGCAUCUCUAUGCUUCACACGGCUAUGGUCACCACCAUCAAACACCCAACCAGUGAGCAGGCCCAAGCCGCCAAAAUGUACAUUCUGGACAAGGUGAAAAGCACUGUGAAAGACAUUGUAACUACAUUAGAGAGUGAUUGCCGUAGAGGUGGUGGUGCCUUCGGUCCGUGUGGGUACUACACUGACAGGCGUGAUGGUUUGAUAAGGCUCCUGGCCAGUUCUUCCUCCUCUUCCUCGAUCAGUAACUUAGACAGCCUCUUAAGAGAUCUUGUGUUCCACUGCAUGGUGGUGGCCAACUCCUCACGAAGGGAGCUUCAGCACAGUGUGGUGGAUCAUUGCCGACAUGUCCUACAUCUCUGGUCAGAAAUGUCCAGGCUUGUAAAGCUUCCAGAGAAUCAUCAUGAUGAUAACCUGAACCAGCAUUUACACAGUAUCUGUUUUUCACUGAUGCAGCGAAUCCAGAACCUUGACAGUGCCAUGAUGACUGCAGUUCUCUAUCAAGUUCUGGACACGUUUGUUACAGGGUCAAGUCCACUCGAAGAGCUGGUGAAUAUGGUUGGACAAGUCUUGGAGAAUGAUUCAGUUGAAGAGUUGCUGGUAGAUCCAGUUUCUAUCCAGCUCUUGCUUAUGGAUCUUCUCUCACAGGCUGAUAGGAUGAUCCAGGUUGCAAGUUUCAUCUCGGCUUUCGCCACGGAUUCUAAGAGUCUAGAGAAUGUGGAGAACUCAAGGGCAUGCCUCACGCGUCUGAAGGCUGGGAUCGAACCUCUUGCACUGGAGUUGGAUAAAGACGGUUCAGACUUAGAGAACUGCUUUGAGGCCGUGCAGAAACUCCACGAUCUGUGUGAGAGAUGGGAAGAGGAGACCGGUCAGCUGCAGAAUGCUCUUUGUGACAUCAUCGAUGUUAGAGAGUUCACUAGCUUGGCAGUUCACGAGAUGGCUAAUGACCAGUGUGGAUGCGACACAGCGUAUAAAGCCCAGAACCACAAACUGUUCAGAAAGCAUGCUGAUAACCUUAUCUCACACACAAAACAGGUGGUUCACUCUGUUAGAAGACACGUAGACAAGAGUGACAACCCCAUCUACCGCAAUGGGCUCCUAGUUCUGUUGAAACAGGUUGAAGCAUCACAGGCCAAAGUGGUCGGAUCUGUCAGAGACAUGUGCUCUGGUUCCAGUCUAGAUGUGAAUGUAUACUCUCUCUUUUCAGAUCACGCCUUUGUGGUGAUCCAGCACUUUAAAGUGUUAAGAGAAGGGCUGGAUGGACAGCAACAUCCACACCUCCUCAGUCCACUGCGAGAGGAUGCACGCCAGCGCAUAGUCUUAUCCUCAGUCCAAGCAACCAAUCAGGCUCAAGGAUCAGUUAUGGAUCAGGAAAUAAGAGACCUUGGCCUUCAGUUUCCUGUUCUGGACGUUUCAGAAAGGGAUUCACCAGUUGAAUGUAAAGUUGAGUCCUCAGAAAAAGAAAUUGGAGAGCCUGUGAUGGCACACAAAGACUUCAACAAUGAUUUAAACGGGCUAGCUGUUUCAGGUGAAGCGAAUCCAAUCCCAAAGCCUUUUGAUUUCGACCUUUUGCCCCUCUUGUAUGAGGUUGUGACUGUGACUAAAGAAAAAGAUGUGACUGUCCUCAGCAAAGUCUGUACAGGAGUUCUCAAGCUUUCAAACUGUUAUGCUCAGGCUGCGAAAGAAGCUUCAACUAUUGUUGACGCUGUCGAUAGUCAGACAUUGGAUAUCUUCAGAUCAGAGUUAGUGGCCCUGACGCCUCAGUUAGUCCAGACAGCUCAGGAGACUGCGAUGAGCUUAGCUAUGAGCACGGACAGUCUCUACAAACACAGUACACUGUUCUCUGACCUGAUCAACAACAUCAGGAAAGUCCUCUUACCAGCUGCUGGAACCUGGUACCACUCCGUUUAUUCAAUGUUUCAAGGUCGUCCGCCGAACAUGGCUGCCACCGCCAUUUCUCAGGAACUCAGCGAAGUCAUGAGUUUGUGUGCCGAUGUGGUGCAGCUGUUGACGUCGUCUGAUAUAACGGCACCAAGCGACUGUCAGGAGACCUUUACAGUUUUGCACAGCAAGCUGAACAAAGUCCAUAACAACACAAGACAGCUGCUAGAACUUGCUAGCUCAUCAACAUCAGGUCAGGCAGAUCAACUUGAGGGGCCUUGUAUUCUGUGGGCGCUGUCAGUCAAAGUUUUACUGAAUUCUCUGGAUAAGAUUUUAGGAACAAGGGAAACGUUGAUGAGACAGUUGACCCCUCAGAAAAGGUUGGCGGCCAUGUCCGAGAACUCACUGCGAAUCCAAGAGGCAGCGAGACUGACUAGCGUAAAUUGUAAAAGUGCCUACAAAGUGAAAACAUUAACACAACUUCAGGAGGAGUUAAAGACUCUCACUGAGGCAUACUUACAGGUAGCUGAGGACCUCUGCAUUGUGUCCCUCUCGGGCAUCCUCCAGUUUGCCAGGUCAGAACUUCUACAAAGACAGCUCCUGAUCAAAAUGAGGGUACUAUCCGGCCACUUGAACAAAGCAAAUAAGGACUACGUCACCGCAAUUCAAAACAUCGUAAACAUUGCUUAUACGGCUUCCAAGCACCACAAAGAUGACAAGACGUCAGAGGAGGCCCAAGAAACAUUUGAGACUGCUGCAGAGUCACUUUUCAAGAACGCCAAAGCUGCUACCAAGAGUGUUGAAGACUGUUUCAACUACAUUCGCAACCCUCGUGCUCGGAUUAACCUGAGGUCCAUCAACGAUCAUCUGUCCUUCCAGAUCUCGGAUAUAGUGAGCCGAGCCAGGCUGGUAGUGGAGACCCACUGUAUCUACGAUACACUCAGUUUGGAGAUACAGAUACAGUGCUGGUCAGCCAAGGCUCACUUUGUAGCCGAGGAGAUCUAUAAGGUGGACGGGCUAAGCCAGGAGGCUAAGGAACACGUCAAGGUAGAGUUUUUUGUGAAGUUAACUUAGCUCUUUGUUGUUUAUGUUCCACUUGUUUUUAUUAUUUUAAAGCACACUCUGUACCACUUUGAGAUUGUUAUACGAUGAAAAUCACGUUAUAAAAUGCAUGUGCUAUUAUUAUGAAGGUUUGUCUGCAGGGUGGAACACCAGGAGGUUCCAAAGAAGGGAUGACUGAAACCAAUCUUUCUCCUACUCUGAAGAGGCUUGAUUACCAACCAGACAUUGCACGCUGGCAGACAACCAAUCCAGGGAAUAUAAAUACCACAGAACAGAAUGCCAGAAUCUGUGGUGCAACGCCCAAAUAUGAACCUGCGAUGGCAACAAAACAAUAUGUGAGCAUUGAAUAGCUGAUACUUUCAAUAUUUUAACUACAUAGAUACAAGAUCAUCUACUUUACCACGAAAGUCAAUUGACUGUGAGUAUUGUAUGGUAUUUGUGCUUUUUCUGUGAGAAUUAUAUUCACAUUAUGUAGAGUAUAUACAUUAUUAUAUAUACAGUGCAUUCGGAAAGUAUUCAGACAGCUUGACUUUUUCCACAUUUUAUUACAUUACAGCCUUAUUCUAAAAUUGAUUAAAUACUUUUUUUCCCUCAUCAAUCUACACACAAUACCCCAUAAUGACAAAGUGAAAACAGGUUUUUAGAAAUGUUUGCAAAUUUAUUGAAAAUAAAAAACAGAAAUACCUUAUUUACAUAAAUAUUCAGACCCUUUACUAUGAGACUCGAAAUUGAGCUCAGGUGCAUCCUGUUUCCAUUGAUCAUCCCUGAGAUGUUUCUACAACUUGACUGGAGUCCACCUUGGGAAAUUAAAUUGAUUGGACAUGAUUUUUAAAGGCACACACCUGUCUAUUUAAGGUCCCACAGUUGACAGUGCAUGUCAGAGCAAAAACCAAGCCAUGAGGUCGAAUGAAUUGUCCGUAGAGCUCUGAGACAGGAUUGUGUCAAGGCACAGAUCUGAGGAAGGGUACCAAAAAAUGUCUGCAGCAUUGAAGGUCCCCAAGAACACAGUGGCCUCCAUCAUUCUUAAAUGGAAGAAGUUUGGAACCACCAAGACUCUUCCUAGAGCUGGCCGCCCGGCCAAACUGAGCAAUCGGGGGAGAAGGGCCUUAGUCACGCAGGUGGUCACUUUGACAGAGCUCCAAAGUUCCUCUGUGGAGAUGGGAGAUCCUUCCAGAAGGACAACCGUCUCUGCAGCACUCCACCAAUCAGGCCUUUAUGGUAGAGUGGCCAAACGGAAGCCACUCCUCAGUAAAAGGCACGUGACAGCCCGCUUAGUUUGCCAAAAGGCACCUAAAGGACUCUCAGACCAUGAGAAACAAGUUUCUCUAGUCUGAUGAAACCAAGAUUGAACACUUUGGCCUGAAUGCCAAUCAUUACGUCUGGAGGAAACCUGGCACCAUCCUUACGGUGAAGCAUGGUGGUGGCAGCAUCAUGCUGUGGAGAUGUUUUUCAGCGGAUGGGACUGGGAGACUAGUCAGGAUCGAGGGAAAGAUGAACGGAGCAAAGUAAAGAGAGAUCCUUGAUGAAAACCUGCUCCAGAGCGCUCAGGACCUCAGACUGGGGUGAAGGUUCACCUUCCAACAGGACAACAACCCUAAGCACACAGCCUUGACAACGUAGGAGUGGCUUCGGGACAAGUAACGUAACAAAAUGUGGAAAAAGUAGAGGGGUCUGAAUACUUUACGAAUGCACUAUAUACAUUCACAUCUUUCUUUGCAGGAUGCCCCAAGUUCUGCAGUCUUCAGAGACACCCUAUCCCUGACUUUCUACACCCCUUCCCUCACCUACACCACAAUCACCCCAUCUCUUACCUACACCACCCUGUUCCUCAAACAAGAGACAGACAGGUGGGACGCUCGGGGCAACCGUAUCGUCCAGGUAACCAGGGAGAUGGCAGACCAGAUCUACCACAUGGCCCAGUACCUGAGGAGGAAAGGGCCCAUACUGGUAAUGGCAAUCAAUCAAUAUUGGAUAGGUGCAGUGAAAUGUGUUGUUUUACAGGGUCAGCCAUAGUAGUAAGGCGCCCCUGUUGCAAAUUAGGGUUAAGUGCCUUGCUCAAGGGCACAUCGACAGAUUUUUGACCUUGUCGGCUCAGGUAUUUCACCUUUUGGUUACUGGCCCAACACUCUAACCCAGGGUUCCCCAACUGUUGGCCCGCGGGCCAGGUGGUUUUAUUUGGCCCCUCAAGUUUUCGGAGCAAAACAAACAUUGAUUUAUUUUCAUUGUUGGACAUAAAAGACUGUAAAAACACCAGGAAAUCAGCUCCAAGUGAAUUUAAUUUAAGAAAUCGGUUCACAAGUAUUUCCACACAUAAUAGAGAGACAAGUGAUCGUAUACAAAUGUAAGCAAGGUUUGAAAUUAUUAUGUUAUAGUCAAAUAUUAUGUCUGUUUGGGCUUCUUGCGGUCAAUUUUAAGUCUACAAAUUAUUUGUAAUUAUGUUCCAGCCCCCCGACCAUCCGCUCAAGAAAAAAAUCAGCCCGUGGCUGAAUCUAGUUGAUGAUCCCUGCUGUAACCGCUAGGCUACCUGCAGCCAAUAAUUAAUCUGUUUAUUGUAUGUAGUGCAGUCAGGAUUCAUUCCGACUGAUUUGAAUGCCUGAAUAUUUGCUAUUUAUUUGUCCUGAUUAAGCGGUUUUUAAAAACCCUACAUGGCAAAAGUAUAUGGACACCCCUUCAAAUUAGUGGAUUCAACUAUUUCAGCCACACCCAUUGCUGACAGGUGUAUAAAAUCGAGCACACAGCCAUACAAUCGCCAUAGACAAACAUUGGCAGUAGAAUGGCCUAACUGAAGAGCUCAGUGACUUUCAACGUGGCACCGUCAUAGGAUGCCACCUUUCCAACAAUUCAGUUCAUCAAAUUUCUGCCCUGCUAAAGCUGCCCCGGUCAACUGUAAGUGAUGUUAUUGUGAAGUGGAAAAGUCUAGGAGCAACAACGGCUCAGCCGCGAAGUGGUAGGCCACACAAGUUCAUAGUCCUCGGUUGCAACACUCACUACUGAGUUCCAAAUUGCCUCUGGAAGCAACGUCAGCACAAGAACUGUUCGUCGGGAGCUUCAUGAAAUGGGUCUCCAUGGCCGAGCAGCCGCACACAAGCCUAAGCUCACCAUGAACAAUGCCAAGCGUUGGCUGGAGUGGUGUAAAGCUCGCCGCCAUUGGACUCUGGAGCAGUGGAAACGCAUUCUCUGGAGUGAUGAAUCACGCUUCACCAUCUGGCAGUCUGACGGACGAAUCUGGGUUUGGCGGAUGCCAGGAGAACGCUACCUGGCCGAAUGCAUAGUGCCGACUGUAAAGUUUGGUGGAGGAGGCAUAAUGGUCUGGGGCUGUUUUUCAUGGUUUGAGCUAGGCCCCUUAGUUCCAGUGAAGGGAAAUCUUAACACUACAGCAUACAAUGCCGUUCUAGAUUAUUCUGUGCUUCCAACUUUCUGGCAACAGUUUGGGGAAGGCCCUUUCCUGUUUCAGCAUGACAAUGCCCCCGUGCACAAAGCGAGGUCCAUACAGAAAUGGUUUGUCGAGAUCGGUGUGGAAGAACUUGACUGGCCUGCACAGAGCCCUGACCUCAACCCCAUCGAAUACCUUUGGGAUUAAUUGGAACGCCGACUGCGAGCCAGGUCUAAUCGCCCAAAAUCAGUGCCCGACCUCACUGAUGCUCUUGUGGCUGAAUGGAAGCAAGUCCCCGCAGCAAUGUUCCAACAUCUAGUGGAAAGCCUUCCCUGAGGAGUGGAGGCUGUUAUAGCAGCAAAGCGGGGAACAAAUCCAUGUUAAUGCCCAUCAUUUUGGAUUGAGGUGUUCGACGAGCAUGUGUCCACAUACUUUUGGUCAUGUAGUGUAUAUCUAUAUUUCAGAGCAAAGAGAUGUUUGUCAGCACAGCAAAAGGCGUGGUCUCGAACUGCCAGUCCAUCACCCACUUUGUGAAGGUCAUAUCAAACCACUGUCUGGACAAACAGUGUACUGCUGAACUGUCUCUCAGAGUGGAACAGAUUCUCACCAUCACCAACCAACUCACUAUCAUCUCCAGGUGAGUGAUAAAUCAUUCAAACCAGUCAAUUCAAUGUAUUUAUAAAACACCUUUUACACCAACAGUUGUAGUGUAAUUUAGACAACUUAUGUAGAAAUUACCUUCCCAAAAAGAAACAGUUUGCCUUAUGGAAUAGCAGUCAAAAUACCUGAAUUUAACUUGUGGAGUCCCUCAAGGGUCCAUACUUGGUCAGGUCAUAUUCUAAUUUACAUCAAUGAUCUUCACCUCGUUUCUAGUUUUGUAUUUUUCAUCCUGUUCACUGAUAACAAUAAUGUAUUUCUAUUAUACAAAAAUCCCCAGAAUCUAAUAUCCUAAAUUAGAUCAGAACUAAUUAAAGUUGUAUACAUCUAUUUCCACAGUGUUAAUGCAUUGACCCCUGGAAGCAAGUCUUCAGAUGAGAUCCUUGUGAAGAAUGCCCAGAACCUGCUUCAGAUAGUUCUGCAGGGGAUCAGAGCAGCAGAGACGGCCUGCAUCAAGGUAACAGCCACUACCGGGAGAUGUACAGAUUCACUGUGGGAGAUGUAUACAUUCCCUGCCCCAUAAAUGUAUGGAUUCCCUGGUAAACCUGUACAUUUACAAUUGAUAGGGAAUGUAUAGAUUUCCUGGUAAAUGUAUAGAUUUCCCAAUUUUACACAUUUACCAUAACAGAUAGCAAUCUGCCAAACAGGGUUUGAAACAGCCGGCGUCCAACUCAGACGGGGCGGAGGCAGCAGCGCUCUGUUUCCAGUGGAAGAGGAACCUCCAAAUGCACCGAGCACAGCAGAACUGUAACACAGACACGGAUGAUCUGGGCCUGAGGAAAACCUCCCAGCACAGAGAAUCCCCCAGCCUGGCCCCUCCUAUACACAUACAGGAGCAGGGAUCCAAGUGA